AUGCAGUGCUGCGUCGCUCUAGACGGUGAACAGUCGGAGUUUUUCCCCGUUACCUGUGGGGUAAAACAAGGGUGUGUUUUAGCACCCACGCUGUUCGCGUUGUACUUUGCAGUAGUAGUCCGGGAAGUUCUGCAAACUUCGGUUGAAGGUGUCCGCAUCCGUUUUCGCACAAAUGGUAGACUUUUCAAUUUGGCUAGAUUGAAAGCGUGUACCAAAGUGUCUUACGCCAUGAUCACAGAGAUCAUGUAUGCCGAUGACCUUUGCUUUUUAGCGGAAACCCCAGAUGGACUUCAGCAGCUGAUGUCGCGUUUUCAUCAGGCUUGCUGCAAAUUUGGCCUAAAGAUUAAUGUCAAAAAGACGGAGGUGAUGUCCACAGACAUGCAUGGUCAUGAGACAUUGUCAAUAAAGCUUGGUGAGGAUGUGCUUCAGCAAGUUGAUAAGUUCUGUUAUCUGGGGAGCACUAUAACAUCUAAGUGUGACCUUGAUGCUGAGAUCAAUAGCAGGAUCGGUACUGCUGCAGCAGUGUUCGGAAAACUAUGUUCCAAGUUUAAUUAUGUCACUAGUAGC